UACCCCAGGACAGUGAGCAUCCCGCUGCCACGGCGCGAGUGGAACUGCCGACCGUGCAAAGCAAAGAGUUUUGUUGAUUGAUUGACAGCAGAGUGAGUACCGGGACCCAGUCCACUGCGCCGUUCACGGGCGCGCGCCGUGAACGCGCAUCCGCCGCGCGCUCGGGCGCAGUCCCGCGCCCCUGGAGCGCGCGUGCCUGGGGUUUAACAUUUCAGAAAGUCCAAUAAAGGAUAGAGCGGGGAGGGAGCCGGUUCACUGUGGGUCGCCCCACGGGCCAGCGGGAGCUGGGGCGGGGUCCGGGGGUCCGGGGGUGGGGUGGGGGAGGCUAGGCGGGCCGCCGCUUCCAUCGCCUGGGCUCCGUCCCCUGCAACAACUUUGGAGUGUCCAUCCUGCCCUCAUCACUCCGGACAUCCUCCCGGACAGUUCCACCAGCUCGGGGCUCCAUGCGCACCUGGGAGCCGCUUCGGCCCGGCAGCGGCGGGCCAGCCCAGCGCUCUCUCCGGAGGAUAUCGCGCCUCUCCGGAUGCUGAUCGACCGGUGCCCCCAAGGAACGCAUAUGCUGCAGUGUCUUUGUGGAAAGAGUUUCAAGAGAAGCAAGAGUCCGGUUGAUUCCCAGCUCAAGGGUAUAGUGACCAGGUUAUAUUGCAGGCAAGGCUUCUACCUGCAGAUGAACGCAGAUGGAGCUGUCGACGGAACAAAGGAUGACAGCACUAAUUCCACAUUGUUCAACCUCGUGCCAGUGGGACUUCGAGUCGUUGCUAUUCAGGGUGUGAAGACAGGGCUGUACGUGGCUAUGAAUGGGGAAGGAUAUCUUUACACAUCUGAACUUUUUACACCCGAAUGCAAGUUCAAGGAGUCAGUCUACGAGAAUUAUUAUGUGAUCUACUCGUCAAUGUUGUAUCGGCAGCAGGAAUCCGGCAGGGCUUGGUACCUGGGCUUCAACAAAGAUGGACAAAUCAUGAAAGGAAACCGUGUGAAGAAAACAAAACCUGCUUCUCAUUUUCUGCCCAAACCACUGGAAGUCGCCAUGUACCGCGAGCCAUCCCUGCACGACAUCGGUGAGACAGUCCUGAAGAACACAACGACUCCGAGUAAAAGCACAUGUACUUCUGCUGUAAUGAAUGGGGGCAAACAAGUUAAAAAAAACAAAUCGACAUAGCCCGCCAGGUCUCAGAGAGGACGCAUUCGUGAACCACUGCUCUGUUGGGCAAUUUAUCCCUGGCAGACUGUUGCCUUCCAAUGUCCGUGAGCAGGAACAGCCAGCGACCUCUUGCUCAUUGCAGUCUUUGACUAUCUCAUUGCAAGUGGAUAAAUCCCAAUGCGUAGCUCCUCCUGCAACAAGAAACCUGGAUAACUCAGACCAUGGAUGUCCUUCCCAGACACUGGAUGAAUGCCUUGUACCUGUUUCCUGUUAACUGUGACACUCCAUGAGAAUGAUUUAUCUCACACCCACUCUCGGUGCAUUGCCUGCUGACCACACCAAUGGAGUCCAAUUCUGGCGGAGGCUUGCUCGCUGUGUGAGAGCUGUCGGCAGCUGGAUCUUAGACCAUUGCUGUAAAUCUCUGCUUGUUCAGGAACAAGCCCCUCUCUCUCUUUCUCUCUCUCUCUCUCUCUCUCUCGCUCUCUCUCGCUCUCUCUCUCUCUCUCUCUCUCUCUCGUUUUUUUACACCUAGCUGCUCUGUCUUUUAUUCUUGCAGAGACCUGCUGUGUGGGUUUACUUUUUCCGCUAUAGAAGAGCGGGGGGUGGGGAAUUGAAAGAGCGCUGAGGUGUUUGUGUUGGAACUGCUAGCUAAUCACUGGGACCACGGGAAUCUUGGGGAGUAUUACUGCCAAGUCAGGGCUGGUGUGCCAGCCGGUGAAUGAGAAGCUUGCACACUGGCUAAUUGAUUGUCCUUCAGCUGCACAGGUUGAUCGCAGGUAGCAGGAGGGAGUGUGGGUGGUGCCAGUCUGCCCCACCACCUGCUCCUUGGGAUCCACCCCUACAUGGCGGUGCUGACGCUUGCCUUGACCCAUGAGCGGCGCCCCACAGUGAGAUCUGGGGCUCAAGCACCCACCCAGCAACCCCAUGCCAAAUGUUGAGGGCACCCUCUCUGAGCCCAGGAUGUUUUGCCCCUGAGGCCAAAGUUCCCUUGAAGCUAGUGCUGAGGGGUGAGGAGGUCAAACUGCGAGCUCUGGCCACGUUGGGAAGCGUGACCCAAGGCUGCCAGUGUGGUUCUGGGCUGCCUACUCUGGCAGCGGCACAGCAUAGACCUUGCUGCUCCCCUUGGGAAGGGGAGAAAGGACUUGAGCUGUUGUGGGGAAAAUGUACAAGAGAGUUCUUUAUUUCUUUAAGCUCAGUGAGUGGUGCUGCUCACUGUACCUGGUGAGUCCUGUGCAACUCCAGGCAGCAGCCAGUCCUUCCGAGGUGCUGAGCACGAGGUGGUUGUCUUGACCCAAACACGUACCAACCAAGAGUCCCAGUGGAAGAGGAGGUGGUCGCUACGGUUCAUUCAAUCCUCAAUUAAUUCAUUUGUCCAAACAAUUCAGUUAUUUUUACCAUCACAAAACCAUCAGAAAGCUGGAUUUUAUUUGAAUAUGUGUAAUGCUCCAUGUUCCUCUUCCAAAUUCUCUCGUAGAGAAGCGAAAAUUAACUGAUUAAAAAGACCCAAAACUGUUCUGUCUACAUUACUCUGGUUAGCUAGAUUACUGCAAUUAUGUUAAAAGUGCAGGACAUACCAAAAUAAAGACUUAUUUAUUUUAACUCUGGUAGUAAUUUUAACAUGCAUUAGAUUUGUUUGUUAAUUAUUUGUUCUACCCCAAUUCUAUCAAGUGCUAAGUGCUUUAUUCUGAUGAAAAAGUAGCAAAGUUCUUAAUUACCUCAAAGGGUUAGCAAGCUGGGUAAAAUGGCAAAAAAAAUCAUUAAUCCAGGAAAGGCUGUCCUUACAAAGUGAAAUCUUUGGGAAUACAACACACCUUGACAAUAUCAUCCAAAUGAAAUCAUAACUGUCCCAUACAGCAAACCUGAAGCUUCAAUAGUUGAAUCAAAAUUACUUUUGAACAUGUUUACGACCAGCACUGCCUCAGAACAAAAAUUAGAGUCGUGAAAUUCAUGGCCCAGUAGAUGCCACUUAUUAUUAAUGUAACAAGAUUCAACAGUGGAAAUCACAAAAGAUGUGUUUUGGUUGGGGAAAGAAAACAGACCAAGUGUGAAUAUACUGAGCUCAGUUGAAAAUUGGAAACUAAUGGGUGUGCUGCACUGUGAGUUUUCAUUAUAUCAGAGAGGUAACGGUUCAUUUAGGGUCCAGAAAACUGACAAAUAGGACUUUAUAAAUGUGAUCUCUGGAAGGCAAGCAUUGUGCAAAUUGAAGCCAUUCUGUCGGCUCUUUUGUCCACUUAAUGUUGAGCCCAGGUACUGCAACUACUCCACUCCCUUGUUGUGUUUACUGUAGUAUAGAUGGUUCAAGUGUUGCCACAUUACAAGGACUUGUUUGUCAAGCUGCAGGUUUCGUAGUUCUUACAAGCUUGAAAACUAUUUAGUAAUUUAGUAAGUCUAAUAUUUCUGAUUUAUUUUAAAAAAAACUCUAAUUUCUGCAGAUUGGAAAUGCCGCAAUGCUGCUGCUAGGCUGCUAAUGUAUGACACCUGAUAACUUUUAGCAAUUUCUAUCUCAUCGUUUGUUCCAAUGAAGGACACUAGAUUUGUGUUAUUUCCUCUUUUUUAAAAAACAAUGUAGAAAAAAAGGUUUAAGCACAUCGGCCGCCAUCGGGGUCUCCGUACUGAACAAAUUAAAUGCCGUGGAUAGUAAAACCCAUGUGUGAGUGCAGGUGAUGAUAAACUGAAGAAAGGCAAGCAUUCCUGAAAACAACAGACAGCACGCAGAUUUCGACAGUGGACCCUACAGUAUGACCCUUGCAAACCAGUUGACUGGUUAAACCUAGGCUGAAUUUAUUUUUGUAAAUGACAAUGAGCAUAUAAUUGUUAACCCCUUCUGUGUUUCUUUUAUUCUUUAGUUGUUUUAUGAGUUGUUCGUGCGAGUGUUUAUUCCAAAUGAAUGGUUGUCCUUGACAAGCUAAUUCUUAUCACGUUUUAAGAAACAAUGGAGCAGAGGGAUAGUUUAUUCUUUCUACCUUUGUUACUAUUUUGUCUCUUGUCUCAUAUGUUGCAUGGGAUGAGGGUGACAAUGAUCAAACUGAACUGCAUGUAGUAGGUUGUAUGUGUCAAGAACUGUUGGUAUGUAUUACUAAAUUUA